UUUUUUUUUAUUAUAGGAAUUUUGCCCAAGAGAUUCGAUUAAUUAAUCAGUGAGGAAAGUCAUAACCUCUCCCUGCCCGCCCGCCCGCCUGUUGCCGGAAGAGGAGGCAGAGUGAGGAAGAAGAGAAUCAAUGGCGACGCCACCGAUGGCACCGCCGAGCAUGGAGGGCACUCCGCCGCCCAUGGCAGUACAGCCACCGGGCACGGACAUGACCGGAAUAUGCUUCAAGGACCAGCUAUGGCUGAACUCGUAUCCUCUCGAUCGCAAUUUGGUCUUCGAUUACUUCGCUAUCUCUCCUUUCUACGACUGGACCUGCAACAAUGAACAGCUUCGUCAACGCUCCAUUCACCCCCUCGACCCCUCUCACCUCUCGAAAAUGACAGGCACUGAAUACUCGCUGAAUGAAGUAAUGGAGCCACACCUUUUUGUUUUCCGCAAGCAAAAGAGGGAUAGUCCGGAGAAAGUUACACCGAUGCUGACUUAUUAUGUCUUGGAUGGUACAAUUUACCAAGCACCACAGCUUUGCAAUGUUUUUGCAGCUCGAAUUGGACGUGCUCUCUACUAUAUAUCUAAGGCUUUUACCACUGCUGCCUCGAAGCUGGAAAAGAUUGGAUACGUUGAUUCUGAAAAUGAGGCUGCAGCCUUUGAAUCAAAGGUUACCAAAGAGACAAUUGACUUUAAGGAAGUAAAGCGAGUGGACCAUAUUCUUCAAUCCUUACAGCGCAAGCUACCGCCAGCCCCACCACCACCGCCAUUUCCAGAAGGCUAUGUUCCCGCUCCCACUGCAGAAGCUGAGAACGGCCCUGAAACCCAGCAAGCUGGAGAGCCCCAACAACCUCAGAUGGAUCCUAUCAUUGAUCAAGGCCCGGCUAAAAGAAUGAAAUUUUAGAGUAGAGUUUCCAAUUCUGCAUCCUGUUAAGAGUAGAAAACUAUGUAUAACACUGAAGCUACUACCCAUUUGACAAGAAUGGAUACUUAUUUUGCAACUUUGACAGAGUAUCAACCAAUCUCUAUUGUAACUUUAUAACUGAAGAUUCUGAGUUUGCCUAUUACCAGUACUCAGAAUGCUUAGGUAGGGUCGUACGAUGCUGUUUAGAUAUGUAACAUACUGACAUGCUUAAAUGAAAAUGGCUUUUGUACAAGA